AUGCGGCCCAAAAUCCUGUGCCUGCACGGCUGGGGCACUAACGCCGAGAUAUUCCAGAUCCAGUCGCGCCGGCUGGCAGCCCUCCUCGAGCCUCACUUCGAGCUCGUCUACAUCAACGGUCCCGCCGAGGCCUCGCCAGGCCCCGGCGUGCUGCCCUUCUUCGAGGGCUCCGGCCCCUUCUACGGAUAUCUCAACGACUCGAGCGCCGCCGCCGAAGAGGCGGCCGGCGGCUGGGCUGAAGGCGACCUCGACAAGCUGGUGAGCGACUUCCGGCGCGAGGGACCGUUCGUGGGCAUCCUCGCUUUUUCGCAGGGUGCCAAGGCCGCGUGGCACCUGCUCCGGCGGCUCGAGGAGGAGUCGGCCGCGGCCGAUGCUGGACGCAGUCUCGUCACGCCACCAAACUCACAGCAGCGACGAGUCGGCUUCGUCGUGGCCGUCUGCGGCACCGCGCCGUACUUCCAGAGCGCCCCUACCGCGGACAUCAAGCGCGCCGCGGCGGCCCACGUCGUCACGGGCGUCGACACUAUCCACGUCAUCGGUGACGACGACCUUUACCGCGCUGAGAGCGAGGCCCUGGUCGGCUUUUUCGACGCUCCCUCGCGCCUCGCCGUGCGCUUCCCCGGCGCACACCACAUGCCGGCUGACCACGCCUUCAACGCCAGCUUGGCGAAUCUGAUUGUUCACACCUUUGACGCCACGUGA